UUUUGGAUUGAGAAAACCUAAUUUUUGGUUCAUCUCCUCAAUCCCUUCUCUCUCUUUCAAAAUGAAGUUUCUUCUCCAAUUUCCUCUUCUCAAAGGGAACAACAACAAUAGAUCAAAACAAACAAUGUCACAAAAAGUUACAAUACUAGUAGUAUUCUCAUCCUUGUUCGUAUUCCUUAUCACCAUAAUUUCUUAUUCUUUGCUGUGGAAGAUCAAUGAAUUCAGGGGGCUGGGGCUAUCUAUUGAUAUUGAUUAUGGUUUGAAGAAUGAGACAGAAAGUCUGCAGAAUCAGACAGAAAGUCUGAAAAAUGUGACAGAAAGUUUGAAGGAUCAGACAUGUUUGAGGAAUGAUACAGAAAAUUUGAGGUAUAGUUUGAGGAAUGAGAGAGAAAACAUGGCAUCAAAACCUUUGAAGAAGUGUGACAUUUUCAGUGGGGAAUGGGUGCCAAAUCCUGAAGCACCAUACUACACAAACACAACAUGUUGGGCAAUUCAUGAACACCAAAACUGCAUGAAACAUGGGAGACCAGAUUCUGAGUUCAUGAAGUGGAGAUGGAAGCCAAAUGAGUGUGAACUUCCCAUCUUCAACCCUUUUCACUUUCUAGAAAUUAUGAGAGGAAAAUCAAUGGCUUUUGUUGGAGACUCCAUUGGCAGAAAUCACAUGCAGUCCAUGAUUUGCCUGUUAUCUAGGGCGGAGUGGCCCAUAGAUGUAUCAUACACAGAUGAGUUUUCCUUCAAAAGAUGGCAGUACUCGAACUACAACUUCACAAUGGCUACUUUUUGGUCACCCUAUCUAGUUAGAGCUGAACAAGUUGAUUCAAAGGGUGAUCUCAUCAACAUUUAUCUUGAUGAGUUUGAUGAAAAAUGGACGGCUCAAAUUAAAGAGUUUGACUAUGUUAUUAUCAAUGGAGGACAGUGGUUCUUGAGGCCAAUAGUGUUCUACGAGAACCAAAAAAUUGUUGGAUGUCAAUAUUGUUCAUGGGAAAAUGUUACGCAUCUAACAUGGCACAGUGGCUAUGGGAAGGCUUUUAGGACUGCAUAUAAAGCCAUAGUCAAUUUAGGAAACUCCAAGGUUGUAACGAUUCUUAGAACGUAUGCUCCAUCUCAUUUUGAGAAUGGGGUGUGGGAUAAAGGUGGGAAUUGCAUAAGAACUAAGCCAUUUAAGAGUAAUGAAACAAGGUUAGAGGGCUACAAUCUUGAGUUACACACCAUACAAUUGGAGGAGUUCAAACGUGCUGAGAAAAAAGCUAUGAAGAGAGGUUUGAAAUUCAUGUUACUUGACACCACACAGGCUAUGUUACUCAGGCCAGAUGGUCAUCCCGAUAAAUAUGGUCACUGGCCUCAGGAGAAUAUGACAGUAUCUAAUGAUUGUGUGCAUUGGUGUUUGCCAGGACCUAUUGACACAAUGGCUGAUUUUCUAUUGGAAACGUUGAAAAGGGAAGGUUUCACAUCUUUUCCUAAAAAAGAUUUCAUCUAA